AAUCAGCGUCAUCCCUAUAUUGUUUCCACAGUAUCUUUUCAGCCAAAGUCACCAUCAAAAAUGUAUCCUUCAUGCAAGGAAGUCUUCCCUUCUCUUUCUUAUUCCUCUAAUUCUGAUACCCAGCAGCAGUUAUCCACUCCCCCUCGUACCCCUCCAGCUUUUGCGGAAAAGCGAUAUUUUUCAAAAACUCGUUCCCAUGACGCUCAAAUGCACUCCGUUUCAACAGUCAGUGGUGGCACUCCCUAUCUACAACAAAUUCGCUCCUCAUCUUCUUCUCCGUCGAAAGGGAAGCGUAUGACUUCAAGUCAAAAAUCAUCGACUUGGAUACAGAAGGAUUCUAAAGAAUUGCCCGAUAGUCAAGCAUAUCUUGAUUUCAAAACUCUACGCCUAGCUGCAAUUCAAUCAGGUUUCCGUACGAAACCCCGAAAGGUGCGACAUUGGGGUGAUGGGAAUGAAUUGGAUAUGCUAGAAGAUCUACCAGUCGAUGAGCAAGCCGAAAAAAGAUACACCGUUGAACCAGUUGGUCGUGGUGCACCCCGGAUUGCUGGUGCUUUUAAAUCCUCGCCAGAUUCAUCUCCCACGAAACGGCUUUCACACACUGGUACUUCUCAGCCAUCUCGUGUAUCCUUUCACCAUGUCCAAAAUGCACUGUCAAGCAAAAAAAUCGCGCCCAGACUUGCAUCUCGUAAGAAAGAAUCUCAAUCUCACAAACCGCAUAAACAACCGACAUUAAUCAAAAACUUGAACUCACCAAAUGUUCCUCGUACCGUCGGUGAAAUGCGUUACAAUCCAGCCAAAAAAUGCUGGGAGGGUAAUGAUCAUUCAGUCCGUGAUUUUGAUGCUCCUAGCUCCCCUACCCGUCCUGCACUCAUUACGAAUGUUUCGACAAAGAAGGGCAUACAUGUUGUGGGAAAUAUGGUUUUUGAUCCAACCCGUAUGUGUUGGUUGCAUAGCUCCGAAACUUCUGAUGAAGAAGAUCCCUUCGCCGACUUCGAUGAUUUACAAGAAAAUGAAGUUAGCUCGUCCGCCUCUAACGAGUCCAGGAUCAAUUUUUCUUACAGUUUGGGUAACAAUGCCAGUUACUCCGAUGUUAGCGAAAUCUUUGACGUUGGCCCUGAGUUCAAACGAAAGCAGCAGACGGAAGAAGUCGUAUGGCGCAAAUGGGUUGACGGUUGGUACCUGUCAUCCACUCAUCCGACACGAGCGAAGUUAUGGGAGCUUUACGAUAUGUUAAAUGCUGAGCACUAA